AUGAUUCAGGAACAAACGGAUGUCAAUAUCCAGCCACAGAUCCAUAUUUGCGAUGUUGAAGAUGGAUGGUUAGCAGAUGACUUCAACUUUGAAUCAGCGAUGAGGUUGCUGUCGCUGGAAGAACAGAGCCAGGUGCUCAGAAAACGGUCAAAAAAGCUCCAGCGUAUGGCAUUGGGCAAUAGAUUGUUACAACUACAUGGGUGCAGCUCUAUAUUGGGUGUUAAACCGGAAGAUCUGGAGUUUUCCAGAGGUUCAUUUGGCAAACCAAUGAUUAAGGGAAUGGAAUUCAGUAUGUCAAAUGGAGAGCGUCAUUGUGUGAUGGGGAUCCAUUUCAAGCCAGUAGGCGUGGAUAUAGCAAGUACUACAGACUGUAACGGAAUGAGUUCGGACUAUGUAGCUGAAUUUCGAGAUAUAUUCACAGAUUCUGAGUUCCGAUGGUUGAGUGACUCAACUCAUCGCGAUGUGCUCUUUAGUCUGCUAUGGUCGAUGAAAGAGGCGUACAUGAAACUAAUAGGUACGGGACUCAACACAGAUAUCCAAGCCAUUGAUGUAGGCAGUGUUCCGGUAUAUCUAGCGCAGCAAGAAGUUGUGACGACCCAGAGGACCAUUAAUGGCGAACUCAUUACUUUUAGUUCGAGGUGGAUAACUGACACUGAGGUUGUGAGUACAGCAGAGCGUACAACAGCUGCUCAAUGCGGUAUAGAAAAUUACCGGAUCGUUAGAUUGACCCCACAAGCGAUUGUAGAUGCGCUUUUGGCCACCCAUUGA